AUGGCUGGAGUUAUAGGAUCAAUGGGUUUCUGGAUGACAAUAAUUGUCUACAUGAUGUCUUUGGUGCUAGCUCAACAAGAUGGGGAUCAUCAGUUUCUGCACUAUGACUUCAGGAAAGCAGACCUGGCCUGUGAUGGAAUGGCAAAUACCGACGAUGGUCCAUUGCAUCUUACAAAUGAUACAGUGGGGAGCACCGGUCAUGCUUUCCACAAAACCGCUAUCAACUUCACAGCGUCGUCGCCCACUUCAUAUUCCUUUUCAACAGAGUUUGUCUUUGCAAUCUUUCCACUGCAGAAACCACCUGUCUACAGUCAUGGAAUGGCUUUUGUGAUAUCCCCAACAAGGAACCUCAGGUAUGGGAAUAAUCAAAAUUCAGGGUUAGGGAUCUUCAAUGAAACACAUAAAAACUCAACUGAAAACCAUAUCCUGGCUGUAGAGCUUGACACUAAUCAAGGCCCUGAGGCGCUUGACGAAAGCGAUAACCAUGUGGGGAUUGAUAUCAACAGUAUAUUCUCGUUCGCAUAUGCCAAUGCCUCUUACUUUGAUAGUACAAAGGGAAGGAACAAAACCUUGCUGCUUGCUGGUAGAAAAAGUAUUAUAAUCUGGAUAGAUUAUGAUGGGAAAGAGAAGCUACUGAAUGUAACGUUAGCUCCAGUACCAAGUCCAAAGCCUGAAUCGCCUCGGUUGUCAAGUUCCAUCAAACCAAGAGUGCCUCUCUUGUCAACAUUUGUCAAUCUUUCAGAAGUUUUCUUGGAGACCAUGUAUGUAGGCUUCUCUGGUUCCACAGGUUCAGUUAGAAGUAACCAAUAUAUCCUUGGAUGGAGUUUCAAGAAAGGCGGAAAAGCAGAAAGCCUUGACCUUUCACAGAUUUUGGAUCCUCCUAAGCCAAAGUCGGGGUCUAAACUUCCUUUAAUUCUAGGCAGUACUAUAGCAGCAAUUUGUUUUCUAGUAAUACUGGGAGGACUCGUGUAUCUUUACAAGAGAAAGAAGUACGCAGAGGUUCUUGAACAAUGGGAAAAGGAAUAUAGUCCCCAAAGGUACUCCUUCAAGAACCUAUACAGAGCAACCAAAGGUUUCAGGGAGAGUCAACUACUUGGAGCAGGAGGUUUUGGGAAAGUCUAUAAAGGAGAACUUCCCUCUGGUACACAAAUCGCGGUUAAGAGAGUCUAUCAUGAUGCAGAGCAAGGAAUGAAACAGUAUGUUGCAGAGAUAGCUAGCAUGGGAAGGCUAAGGCACAGGAACUUGGUGCAGCUUCUUGGUUACUGCAGAAGGAAAGGUGAAUUGCUUUUGGUCUACGAUUACAUGCCAAAUGGAAGCCUUGACGAUUACCUGUUCACUAAAAACAAGAUGAGAGACCUCACUUGGUCUCAGAGAUUGAAUAUAGUCAAGGGAGUAGCCUCUGCACUUCUAUAUCUGCAUGAAGAGUGGGAACAAGUUGUACUGCAUAGAGAUAUAAAAGCUAGCAACAUUCUUCUAGACGCUGACCUAAAUGGAAGGUUAGGGGAUUUUGGGCUUGCAAGAUUCCAUGAUCGUGGGCAGAAUCUUGAAGCCACACGUGUGGUAGGAACCAUUGGGUACAUGGCACCAGAGCUUACUGCGAUGGGAGUGACCACGACAAAAACUGAUGUCUAUGCUUUUGGAUCUUUCAUCCUUGAGGUGGUUUGCGGGAGGAGACCAGUGGACCCUGAGAGACCAGUUGAGCAGAUGAUUCUACUUAAGUGGGUUGCUAGUUGCGGAAGCAGAGACUCGUUAAUGCAAACUGUUGACAGUAAACUAGAAGGAGGCUUUAAAGCUGAGGAGGCCAAGAUGCUUUUGAAGCUAGGCAUGCUCUGUUCACAGAGUAACCCAGAGAACAGACCUAGCAUGAGACAAAUAAUACAAUACCUGGAAGGUAAUGCCAGUAUUCCAAAGAUAUCAUAUGAUACAGCUGGAUUUGGUAUGCCCAAUAUAAGCAAUGAGAGAGUAACACAAAUGACAGCCACCUCCUCAUCAGCUAAUUUCUCGUUUGAAGAUGUCACAGUUCUAUUUGGAGGUCGUUGA